AUGGCCAAUGCGCUUUCUGGAAACCAAAACGCCCUUGAAGCCGCGUUAGGUAAUGCGAUCCAGGCACAGAUAGUAAGGGUAAACAACUUCUACCAGCAGAAUCAACAAGUACCCAAUCCUCUUAGCGACUACACCUGGCUUUCCAAUCGACACGCAAACCUCGGCAAUCGUACUGGUUUUGAGGCAUACCCCGGCCUAGUGGCGAACAACACCCCACAGCAGCUUCAAGCACUAUGGGGGGGUUUGGCACGACCCAAUAUACAAUCGGUGGUGCUCCGUAUGACAUGGCUUAAUGUCUUAGAAGAGGCAAUGCAAAACCUGGCUGCUCGCCUUCAAGCCACACAAAACUUCCAACCACAAAUCAACCAACCGCGUCAAUGGGACACUCAAGCUGUACUUGCCGUUCUUAACGGCGUUGGGCAAAUACUUCCAGACCUUGUCGUUUAUGAGGCACCGUUAGCCCUUUCAACUCGUCAAAAUGCUACGACGUCAGCUAAUGUUAAGUUUCUGGACAACAAUGUGGCACUGUUGUUCUUCACGCAUUUCCUGGAAACUAAUUGA